AUGCCGAUAUAUUUAAACAUCACAGAUGACGCUACAGGACAAACAAACCUUCCAAUCAAUUUCAACAACUUCAACUUUGAAUCGGAAUUAGUACCAGACACUGAUGAUAUUAAUAAAUCUAUUAUUGAAAACAACGUUGACUCUAUCAAAAACGAAACUGACGAUCAUCGUAAAGCUGCUAAUUUUGAAUAUGAACUAGGUUCAAGCGAUGGCGAUUUAUACAACAAUGAUGGUGUUACGAACGCAAUAACAUCACAAGAGACCCGUGGCAACAUUUAUAUGGCCAAUAUUGGCCCCAAUAAUAAUGAACAUUGCAAUGUUGAUAAAAUUGAAACAAUAAUCAAAAAAUUUCAUCAUCAGAUACUAUUUUGUCAAUCAGUUAAUGAUGAUAAUAAUGUGAAUAAUCAACAGACUUCCCAUGACCAAGCUAACGAUGAUGACGAAAGUUGGUUAAGAAGGGCAGUUGAAUUUGAGGUUAGAGCAGGUUGCAAUUUAGAUAACGACGAAGAAAACUGGUUGAAAAGGAAAGUUGAAUUUGAGGCUGAGUUAAAGAGAUUGAAUUAUAAUUUAGAUAAUGAUUUAGAUAAUGAUGGUACCAUUAUUCCUAUCGAAUCUCCUACAAGUCUAGAUAGUGCAUAA